CAAACAACAAGCAAUCAAAAAACACUAAGUAUUUGCUGCGGAUAGCUGUGAGAAAAAAGAAAACAACAAAUUACAAAGUUCAUGCAUGAUGCGCUGUUCUUGAAGACUCUCAGUCCAGUGAGGGGUGUAUAGCUAUUAAAGGAAGCAGCAUACUCGUUACAAACUGGUCACAUGGGAUCCUUAAAGGACAGGCCUCAAGGAGAGGCAACAUAACAAAGACAAAGGAUGGUAGAUCUUCAUACUGAGACGUCUAUAGGUCCUUAACACAGUGACACAAGCCUUGAAAACCCAGAAGUGUAUUUGGUCCAUAAGUUACAGUGACAAAGGAUUUGAAAACUGAAAGUGUACUAGGUCUUUAACAGCGACACAAGCCUUGAAAUCCAGAAGUGAAUAAGAUUUAUAAAAGUGACACAAACCCUAAAACCAGGAAACGUGAAAAGUUGUUACGUUGUCACAAGGUGCCAGUUCCUUAAACUGGGAAAGUGUACUUGCUUCGAUAAAGUUACACAUGAAAGUCUGUCAGUGCGGUCACCAGGUUUGAAGCCCUUGAUAAUCACCGGAAGCUAAAUUAAUAAAAAAGUUUAGUAGUGUUCAGAGGAACUUGUAGUCACUUGAGGUGAGAUGCCGCCCAGUUCCGGAGAGCUAUGGGGCCACCAUCUGAUGCCCCAGCAGAUCUUUGUGGACUGCCUCAUGCCCACAGGUCUUAUCAUUCCACUGAGGUGCAAUCGAGAUGCCACAAUGGAAAAAAUUAAGUCCGAUCUUUGGAUGGAAGCAAAGAAAUAUCCCUUGUUUCACAAACUUACGGAUCCAUCAUCUUACAUAUUUGUCGGCAUCACCCAAGAUGCAGCGCGAGAGGAAUUCUAUGACGAAACUCGCCGCCUGUGUGAUUUGCGUCUCUUUCAACCUAUUUUGAAGGUUGUUGAGCCAAAAGGGAACCGUGAGGAGAAAAUGCAGAAUUAUGAAAUUGGCACAGCUAUCGGCAUUUCUGUGAAUGAGUUCAAUGAAAUGAAGGACCUAGAAGUUAUGACGUUCCGACGCAACAUUCUCAAAAUCUGUCAGGAGGCGUUCGAGGAAAGACGUCGGGACGGCAAGCACAGUUUGGCCCUGUACUUAUAUCCCCCUGAUGUCGAGUCUUCUGCUAAACUGCCCUCACAUCUAGAGGAAAAACUACAAGAUAAACAGAUUCUAGUCUGCGUGUGGGUGGUUCACUCAGACAGCUCCCGUAACAAGUACACCGUUCGAAUCUCCCAUGCAGCCAAACCAAUUGAUGUUAUCGCGGAGACCAUACGACGACGGGGUCGGGCAAAGGGUCAGUCGCGAGUGGAAACGGAGCGCUGUAUAGAGGCAUUUUCGCAUACCUAUGUUCUCAAAGUCUGUGGCUGUGAUGAUUUCUUGUUUGAAGGAUAUCCAAUUAGUCAAUAUAAGUGUAUCCGUGAAUGUAUAGAGACUGGCAACAUACCUCAAUUGAUGCUUCUGACUAAGGACAAUGUUUAUGCAACAAUCAGGGAUAUACCCUUCACAGUUCCAUCAUAUGUGCAGAAAGGUAUUCAGGCAUUGAAUGAUGCAUGCAACAAGCAGACAAUCUCCAUCCUAGACAGAAUUCAUGUCAAUUUCAAGAUGAAGGUCCACUGUGCCACCAAUGUCAAUGUCAAAGAGCAAGGUGGAAAGAUCUUUGUGCGGGCGGGCCUGUACCAUGGGACAGAGUCACUGUGUCAGAAUCAGCUAACCAAGGAGAUGGACUGGGAUGUCCCGCGCUGGAACGAGUGGCUGGAGUUCCUCUUCCUUCCUGACAUGCCACGCAGCGCAAAGAUCUGCUUCUCUCUGUGCACCAUCAGCAAACGCAAGAACAGAAAGAUUUACUAUGCACUGGCGUGGGGCAACUUGCAGCUGUUUGACUUCAACAACCACCUGAUGAACGACAUGGUGAGCCUGCAACUGUGGCCCAUGCCCCACGGGCUCGAAGAGUUGCUCAACCCACUGGGAAUACCAGGCUCAAACCCAGACAAAGAUUGCCCAUGCCUCGAGAUAGAGUUUGAGAACUUCAGCCCUACUCUUACGUAUCCUAGCGACCACCAGAUGGAGGACCUGGCCAAGCUUGCGGCAAACAGGGACAGCUAUUCUUCUCUGGCACUGCAAGCUGAUGACUGGAGAGAAGAAGAAAAACAACUGAUGGAGAUCAUAGAUCGAGACCCCUUGGCGGAGAUCAUUGAACAGGAGAAAGAGUUGCUAUGGAAACGAAGGGACUACUGCCUACACCAGCCUAACUCCUUACCAAAACUAUUAAGUGCAAUAAAAUGGAAUGACCAAGAAAAUGUGGCACAGCUAUACAUGCUGUUAAAGCAAUGGCCAACAGUUACACCCGAGGUAGCCCUACAUUUGUUGGACUGUUCGUUCACGGACCUGCGUGUGCGACAGUUUGCUGUGCAUUGUUUGGAGAUAGGCAUUUCUGAUGACAAACUACAGAGAUACCUUCUUCAGUUUAUUCAGGCGUUAAAGUUUGAGCCGUACUUGGAUAACCCGCUGACCAGAUUUCUGUUGAAGAGGUCCCUCAUGAACCAGAGGAUUGGUCAACAGUUCUUCUGGCAUCUCAAGUCGGAGUUGCACUACUCGGGGAUGCGUGUACGGUACGGUCUGAUUCUGGAGGCGUUUUGCAGGGGCAGCGGAAACUUCCUGAAGACUCUCAUCAAACAGGUGGAGGCUGUGGACAAGCUCACCAAACUCACCAAUGUUCUCAAGGCAUCAGGCAAAGAUGACAAGCAGGAGUUGAUGAGGAUGCUUCAUGAGCAGCUACAGCAGCCGGACUACCACGAGGUCCUCACAAACCUAACCUCCCCCCUGAACAGCAGUCAUAGACUAGGCAAUGUCAGCUAUGAGCAGUGCCAGGUGAAGAUGUCCAAGAAGAAGCCCCUCUGGAUGGUCUGGAUCAACACAGACCCCCUGGCCGACCUCUGGGAGAAGACCUACACCAUCCUUUUUAAAAAUGGCGAUGAUCUGCGACAGGACAUGUUGACCAUUCAGCUGAUCAGUGUCAUGGACUCCAUAUGGAAGGCUGCUGGACUGGAUCUUAGGAUGACCCCCUACAGCUGUCUGGCCAGCGGUCAAGACGUGGGGUUGAUAGAGGCCGUGCGUAACUCUGACACCAUUAUGAAGAUUCAGGAGAAAUCAGGGGCCAAGGCCUCCCUGCAGCUGGGCUCUAAGGCUCUACAUAGCUGGAUCAAGAACCAAAACAUUGAAAGGUACGAGGCGGCCAUUGAUGUGUUCAGACGUUCCUGUGCCGGGUACUGUAUCGCCACCUUCGUUCUCGGCAUCGGGGACCGACAUUCCGAGAAUAUCAUGUGUGCAAAGGAUGGAAGAGUUUUUCACAUUGAUUUCGGACACUUCUUGAAUCACAAGAAGAAGAAGUUUGGCAUCAACCGUGAGCGGGUGCCAUUUGUGCUUACAGAAGACUUUGUGUAUGUGAUAGCCAAGGGUCGGGACCAACCACAGAAAUCGGACGAGUUUAAAGACUUUCAGCUCCUCUGCCUAAAGGCCUACGUGGAGCUACGCAAGCAGUCAGACCUCAUUAUCAACCUGCUGACCAUGAUGCUGUCUUGCGGGAUACCAGAGCUCCAGUCCCUUGACGACAUCAGCUACGUGCGCAAGACGCUUGCAGUAGAGAAAACCGAGGAGGAGGCAGUCAUGUACUUUCAGCAGCAGCUGCACAUGGCGUACAAGGGACAGUGGACCACAAAGGUGGACUGGAUGUUCCACAAGCUCAAAAACUAGCAUUUGUGUUCAUUGUAUGGUGAUAUUUUUGGAGGGUGAAUAAUGUGAUUUUUUGUUGAGGGGGGGGGGCGAUUUUCACAAACGGGUCAAAUCAUUUAGAUCUAAGAUUUAUUUAUUCAGUAAUUAAUUGACAGAGUUUCAUCAAAGUAAAAACUCCAGAGAUCUAUAUAUUAUCCAAUCAAAAGAAUCAGAAAUGUGUGCAAGAUCUUCAACAAGAAAAAAGAUCGGAGGAAAAUUGCUAGCCAUGACGCACUUUUAGCAAAAAUAAACGAUGAAAGACUCCAGGAUAUUCCUAAAGAUUGACAAUAGUAUUAUCCAUUGUGCUGUUUUUCUUAUUUUUUUUCUUAAGUGACCGAUUCUUAUCAUUACAUGUAUCAUGAAAGCAAAAUAGGCAGGUAAAUAAAAAGUGGAUAUUUCACAAUAUGAGGUAAAAUAUUUAUUAGGUUUAUAAGAUUUUAAAGAAAUUGAUACCUACUGUCCAAAAACUAGGUCACUUGUUGAAUCUCUUGUUGAAUGUAGUGUCGAAGACAGGGUCACAGGAGUUCAAAAACUAGGUAACUAGGUCAAGUUUUAGAAAAAACUGGCUACCAAUGUAGUGGCCAUGUAUAACUCAAUAUUAAUGGAACAUGGUCAGGAUAUUUAGCAAUAUCUAGUAAUAGCUUCAUUUUAGGUAAAAAACUAGGUCAUGAUGUCAAUGCUUAGAAAAAGCUUGUUAACAGUAUAGAUGCCAGGUUACUGAUUCAACCUUGAUUACAUUUAGUCAGAACGUUUAUCUUGACAAUGGCAAGGCCAUUUUUGAAUCAGGAUUAUGUGGGGUCAAAAAUCAGGUCACCAGGCCAAUUAUUUGAUCAUUAAAACUCUUGUACUCAUGUGAGUUUUUCAGCCCUGGUCAUGGCCUUCUUAUUUCUUGUUUGAAUUUUAUUUGUUUGUGUUCACAUACUUUUCCUUAAUUAUUGAUUAUAAUUAUGUGUUUAAAAGUGCUCAGUUGAGGAAGAAUGCAAAUGAUCACACGGUUAAAGUUUGCCUUAACUUGAAAAUUUGACCAAUAAGGUUCUUUAAAUUAUUUGUGCUUGAUCCUUAUUGGUUGAAAUUUUAAGAUAAUAUUCAAAGAUCUAGCUCAUUGAUAUUAUAAGAUAAUGUUUUUUUGCCAGAACUCUUUGAUCUGGUAAGGAUUUUCCCCUACCUUUAAUGACAUUGUGCCACUGACAAUUGUACUAUUUCAUACAGAUCUGUGAUGUAUUGUUAAUGAAUGGGUAGGGGUUGACUACCUUUAAUUUUGUUCAUUUAUUCAUGGACUCUAGAUGAGACAAUAUACGCUCCGUGAUUUAUUCAUUAUUCAUUAUAAUUUAUUUUGUAGCCAUAUUGUAUUCUGUAAUCACACGUUCAUACGUAAUACUAUGUUCUGUACAUUUUAUUCAGAUAAUUAAAUUGUGCAUUAAAUUUA